AAAUUAAUUGUUGUCAAAUGCUCAACGGGCUCCUUACACUAUAGUAACCAUGGACACACUGUCUGUGAUCGCAGGUUCACUUCAGAAUCAGAUCGGCCCUAUUUAGUAGUUCAAACUUCAAUUCACUUCACAGACUACACAGACUCUCUGUGUCCAUCCAUUACUAUUAUUGUAAUUUCAUGGAAAAGCAAGGGUAAACCGGCAAAUAAAAAAAAAGUCAAAUAAACAUCAGAAAGUUUCACGGUAGAGGAAGACGACGACUUAACCGGCGCUUUUCCUUUAUUUUCUUCCCUUUUAUCAUAUCUCCGAUUGUUAGUGGAGUAAUCACUCGGUUCUUUUCAUAAAUUCAGUUUUUUUGUUCCCUUUCAGAUACUUCAAGAACAUCAAGAAUUAAUCCAGCAGUUUACAGUUUUGCAUUUGAGUAAUUAUCUACACAUCGGCAUGGAUCAGCAAGGGCACGGCCAGCAUUCUUCAGGUGCGCCUCCAGCGCCGUACGGGAUGCAGCCGUAUCAACCUAACCAGAUGAUGGGACCUUCCGGCACAGGAUCACUUCAAUCGGCUGCAUCUCAAUCUCAGCUUGCUCAGCACCAACUAGCUUUUCAGCAUAUCCAUCAGCAGCAGGAGCAGCAAUUGCAGCAACAGCUUCAGAGCUUUUGGGCUAAUCAGUACCAAGAUAUUGAGCAGACUACUGAGUUUAAGAACCAUAGCUUGCCAUUGGCUAGGAUUAAAAAGAUCAUGAAGGCGGACGAAGAUGUGAGGAUGAUUUCGGCUGAAGCUCCGGUCAUAUUUGCUAGGGCUUGUGAAAUGUUUGUCCUGGAAUUGACAUUACGGUCGUGGAAUCACACGGAGGAAAACAAAAGGAGGACACUUCAGAAAAAUGACAUUGCUGCAGCUAUCACGAGGACUGAUAUUUUUGAUUUUCUCGUUGAUAUUGUACCCAGGGAGGAUUUGAAAGAUGAAGUAAUGGGAUCUGUUCCAACGGGGAACCUUCCAAUAGGAGGCCCAGCUGAAGCCAUGCCUUACUAUUAUAUGCAGGCUCAGCUCGCACAACAGGCUGCUGUCCCGGGUAUGACUGUGGGUAAGCCUGCCACAGAUCAAACUCUCUAUGGUCAUCAUUCUCACCCUUAUGCUGUGCAGCCAAUGUGGCCACAACAGCCACCUCCAGAUUCUUGAGCAAGCAAACCGUACGGUUGCCGAUGGUUCAAAAGCUGGAGCUUUAAAGCGGGCAAAUCAAUUUUACUGGUUGGAAGUUUGAAGUUAGAUGGUUAUCUAGUCUUUUCAUUGAUUUCACAGAUGUUUUGUUUAAUUUACAUAAUUGUUAGAUUUUCCUUAGGUAAUAUUAUCAUCAAUAUGGAUUUAGAUCUUGUAGAUAACUUGGAUUGAGGUUCAAUCCUUUUAUGUGGUAUUCCUGAUUUUGUAAAAGCAUCUGUGUAUCCCAGUCUUUUUAAGCCGAUCUAGGACAUGAUGCUGGCUGCACUCUGUAGAAUGAAAUAGCAUCUAUAGAUGACAAGAUUUAUCAA